ACUUUAUUGAAGAAUACCGUUUUGCUGAAUGCCGAACCACCUCUUGGCGUUGUCACGGCAUCGUUUACCACUCUCUCUCCGUCGUUUUCUCAGUCAAUACAUUCCCGAUGACCAAUACGACCCACCGUUUCCCCCCUCUCCAAAGCCCCACAAAGCAAAGGAGGAGGAGGAGAAGAAGCAGAACAAGAAGAAGAAGAAAAAGAACUUCGACAAUGGAGCUCCGAAUAUGAAUGGAGACCCGAAUCUUCCUCUAAAAUCGGACCUUCCAUUCGACUUCAAAUAUUCUUAUUCAGAAACCGACCCCUCCGUAAAACCCAUCAGCUUCCGCGAAUCACCCAAGUUCUCUCCUUUCGGACCGAGCCGGCUCGACCGGAAUUGGACCGGGACUUCCGCCCCGGUUCAGCAGGAAGUGGACCGGAAGCGAAUGGAAGAGGAGCGGAACCGGGUCGUCGGAGCCCCGCUUGAGGAGGAGGAGGUGGCGGAGCUUGUCGAACGCUACCGUCACAGUGACUGUGCCAGGCAAAUCAAUUUGGGGAAGGGGGGAGUCACUCACAACAUGUUGGAUGACAUCCAUAACCAUUGGAAGAAGGCUGAAGCUGUGAGGAUUAAGUGUUUGGGUGUGCCAACUCUUGACAUGGACAAUGUUUGCUUCCACCUCGAGGACAAGACUGGUGGGAAAAUUAUCUACCGCAACAUUAAUAUACUGCUUCUUUACAGAGGACGAAAUUAUGAUCCCAAGAACCGUCCAGUUAUUCCUCUUAUGCUGUGGAGGCCUUAUGCACCAAUAUAUCCUAGGCUUGUCAAGAAUUUAAUCGUGGGCUUGACGAAUGAGGAAACAAAAGAACUUAGAAACAAGGGAUUGAACUCAAUUCCUCUAAUGAAACUCACUAGAAAUGGUGUUUAUGUAAAUGUGGUGGAGAGGGUGAGGGAGGCUUUUAAGACUGAGGAGGUUGUGAGACUGGACUGCACCCAUGUGGGUUCAAGCGACUGCAAAAAGAUUGGAGUGAAGCUAAGGGAUUUAGUGCCAUGUGUCCCUAUCUUGUUCAAGGAUGAGCAGAUAGUCAUCUGGAGAGGAAAUCAAAAUCAAGAAAAACCUUCGGACCCCCAAUGGAGUAUUGAAAUUAGAGAGUCUACAAUGUGAAUCAGGAAAUUUUUUCCAAGAUGCUAUACUACUGACAUUUUGAUUCAGUCUAUGAUAUGCCUGUCUCCCACAUGCCAGGAGGAUGUCACUUGACUUUAAUGCAAAUUUAUCUUCGUUGUUACUUGAAAUUGUAGUAUGGGUACCAUAAUCAUUUCCUUGACUAAUGAAUCUGGCUUAGAUGGAUUUGUUUAUUCAACUUUUGUAUCCAUUAAAUCAUUAAGUAAAUACUCAAGUCCAGGUAAUCUUUCAGGGGAGAAAUGCAUUGGUUCAUGAUUGAAAUCACUCAAAUCAGCUUGCUACCACUCGGGGAAGGCUUUAUGACUUUUAUAGUUGAUGUUCUUUAUCCGAGAGUUGAUUAUUCAAUAUAUUUACAGUGUUAGAUUGCAGGAUCCUCAUGCCAAUACGGGUUAGAUUG